AGUUUCUGAAGCUCUCCAAGUAAAGGCUUGGUCCUGUACCUGCAAGUAUACCUUCUGGCUGUACAUCAGCACCUCGGACUGCAUUUUCUCAGUAGUCCUGCAGCCUUGCACCUUGAGCCAUCACUGAAACCACCUUAACCACCUCCUGGGCUGAGCACAAGUUGUUGGUGAGGGCAGCUGUCCACCUGAUCUGCCACAGUCAUGUCCAGUCGACGUAAGGCUUCCACUCCCUGUAUGAUCCGGCCUGAGGUGACCCCAGUGGAUCUGGAUGAGAAGGAAGAAGAGUCGCACGACAUGCAGACAUCACAGAACCAUGUUCAGGAGGCACCGAUCACUACAGACCCAUCUACUCAAGCAGAGCCAUCCACGGACCUGGAUCUAACUGGCAAGGCCUCAAACCCUCCCACGGGUCCGGACAAACCAGAAACUGAAUCGCCAGACCCUUCCAAGCCUCAGCGCAGACAGCAGGGGGGCUACGAGUGCAAAUACUGCACUUUUUCCACGCAGAAUCUCAACACUUUCAAAGAACACGUGGAUGCUAAUCAUCCAAACGUCAUCCUCAACCCACUGUAUCUGUGCGCCGUCUGCAACUUCAACACGAAGAAGUUCGACACCCUGACGGAGCACAACGAGAGAUGUCACCCGGGAGAGAGCAACUUCAAAUUCAAACGCAUCAAAAUGAACAAUCAGACGAUCUUGGAGCAGACGAUUGAGGGCUGCAAUAACAAUGCAGUCGUGUACAACACGUCAGGCGUCCUCACGGGGAAAGGGGACGGACUGGGUACUAAGCAACUCGGCAAAUCUGCCACGGUCAAAAACCAAAAAAACAAAAUUAUUUCAACCGACACCAAAUGGACAGAGCCUCUUUUGGGUAAACUGACCUCUGAUCUGGCCAAGAAACCAAUCACUGCUCUAAAUGUGAACGGGACGGUCAUCAUCCCCGAGUCGGCCCUCCUCGCAGCAGAUGGUCUUUCUCACAUCAUGCCUUCUUUACAGCAGCCUAUAAACUACACCCAGGUGCCGAAGAUCGCAGUGCCCCUCAACACAACCAAAUACAACCCCUCGCUGGACGACAACCUGACGCUCAUCUCGUCCUUCAACAAGUUUCCCUACCCGACACAAGCCGAGCUCUCGUGGCUCACCGCGGCCUCGAAACACCCCGAGGAGCAAAUCAAAGUCUGGUUCACCACGCAGAGACUCAAACAGGGCAUCAGCUGGUCUCCUGAGGAGGUGGAGGAGGCCAGGAAGAAGAUGUUUAACGGUACCAUCUCCUCCGUACCUCAGACUCUGACUGUGGUGGCUCCGCAGCUCAACUCCCACUCAUCCGGCAGCCAUUCCUCCCACAGCUCCAAGCCCCUGCAGCCGGGGGCCUCCGUCCUCCAGUCCCUCCCCUGUCAGAUUCUGGGACGGACCAGCCUCGUGCUGACUCCUGUGGCCAACGGCUCGACGGUCACCUGCGCACCGCUGGCACUCACGGUGGCAAACCAGGUGGUGCAGUCGCUCAAGCGGCCCCUGGCCACGCCCGUCAUCUCCUCAGAGAGUAAACGACCCUCCAUCAUUCAGACCAUCUCCGCACCGACAGCCACGUCCAAACUGGCUUCACCCAAAACGCUGAAUUUCACUGUCGACCCCAACAAGACCGCCGAGCAGCUGUCAGUGCUGAGGUCCAGCUACAUGCAGUGUCCUUUCCCCGAGGAAGAUGAGGUCUACAGGCUGAUCGAGACCACCGGACUGUCCAGAGGGGAGAUAAAGAAGUGGUUCAGUGAACAAAGGCUCCUCAAUAUCAAAAGUGCUGCUGCCCCACCUGUGCUGGUGAAAGCAGAGGCAGUGCCACCAGUUAAAGACAGUCCCGUCAGGAAGGUGGUGCUGAGCCAGUUCCCUCUGCUGGAGAGGGUGAAGGGGAAGACGUCGGAGCAGCUCAACGCCCUGGAGGAGAGUUUCCAGAGAAGCUGCUCUCCAGCAGACACAGAGCUCGACCAGCUGGCCCGGGAGACCAGGCUGUCCAGGACGGAGGUGGACUGCUGGUUUUCAGAGCGCAGGGCGCUGAGGGACAACAUGGAGAAGGUUUUACUCACCAUGACCUCCAAGAACUCUGAGGACAAGCUGGAGCGAGCAGGAGCAGCGCUGCUGAACGGGGCUUCUCACCCAAAGCAGGAUGGGAAGUCUCCUCGCUCUUCUCCUCACCCACCUGUCCUCUUGUCGUCCUCCUCCACCUCCACCUCCCCUCCUGUGCUCGCAGUCUCCUCCCCUCAGCCUCUAACACAUUCCUCCUCAACAUCUCCUCCCGUCCUCAACUCGUCCUGCUCCUCUUCUCCUCCUCCUCCCUCGUUGCUGUCUGCCUCCACAAACACUACAGCCGUCUCCGGUCAGUCCCUGGCUCUGCUCAGGGAGAUGUUCUGCAGAACCCAGUGGCCGUCUCCAGAGGAGUACAGCCAGCUGGAAGUCCAAACCAACCUGGGACGCACCGACAUCGUGCGCUGGUUCAAGGACCACCGCUCAGCACUGAAGAACGGCGAGGCUCUGGACUGGAUGGAAGGUUUCCAAAACUUUGUAGAUCAGCAGAAAGCGGGCCGGCAUCAGAACGGCCAGAGUUCUGAAAACAGCCAGAGUGUGUCCUUGGAGGUCAAGGCUGUGAAGGCUCUGUGUGCAGCAGAGGAGGAUCAUGGGAACAAAGCAGCUCCAGACCAAGAGAGAGGCCACUGGUUGAGUGACAGACUAACACAGGGAGUUACAGACCUGAGCCGGACCCGGCAGGACCAGAACUGCUCUCCUGAUGCUGACAAAGGAAGGUGGGUAAAGGUCACGGUGGACGAUGGGGAGGAGACGGGGGGAGGACAGGACGGACAGAGGCUGGCAGUGGACACUGACCUCUUGACUCCGGAGCAAACGGGGAGGGUCACGGGCUGACGGUGGAGGAAGUGUUUUAAUGCGGCCGCAGUGGGACGAUUCGAGACAACUGAUCGGUGAUGCGACUGUCCCUUCGUCCGUCUGUCCGUUCGUCCGUCCGUCCGUCAGGGGCGUGAUCCCU